UCGACUCGUCAUGACUUUCGUCAGGUCGCCGUUGCCAUGCCCGUCGACGUGCGCCUAAACAAAAGCCAUUAUUAUACGAUUAACAUUGUUUGCUUGCCAUAGUCGGAUAUAGAAAGCACUUUAUCGAUUGUUCACGCAUUGUAUGCUCCAGCGUUGGAUUUUACACGUUGUUAUUUCAUUUUAUAGUCCGUGAAAUUUAGGAGCGUCGAGCAGAAAUUUCCUUUUCGAUUUUUCUAAACCGUGCAGUUACGUACAACGCGUGUAUACAUACAUUUGAAUUUUUUUUUUAUCGUACAAAUAUAAAACGUGAGGGCUUCAAGAAGUUUAUUUUGAGGAAAAAGUGAUUGAAUCAAAUAAUUGGACUGAACGAGUGCUUGGACAUCAACCACGACCGUUUCUGGUACAUCUACUGAAAAUUCAAACACAUUACGAUUGACGGUGCCACAUGGUGAUUUCACAUUAAUUUAGACCUGUCGAAUACUUCAUCAAUUACAUCGGGAUUAUCGAGAGAUGGAGGCAGAUCAUGUGAGAAGCCACACUGAUAAACGUUCCUAUGAGUGUGGUGAGCCUGGUUGUGGAAAAAUUUUUGGAGGAAAGGGUACGCUCACGAGACACAUGCGUACUCACACUGGCGAGCGGCCAUUUAAGUGCAACGAACCGGGUUGCGAAAAAACCUUUGUUUACAAUCAUGUUCUCAAGAAACACAAGUUUACCCAUACUGGCGAACGCCCCUUCAAGUGCCGUGAACCCGAUUGUGGAAAAACUUUCGGCCAAAGUGACAUUCUCAAAAAACACAUGCGUACCCACACCGGCGAUCGUCCCUUCAAAUGUAUCGAACCCGGAUGUGGAAAAUCAUUUGCUCAACAACACAUUCUCUUAAGGCACGUACGCGUACAUACUGGCGAACGUCCAUAUAAGUGUAAUCAACCAGGAUGUGGGAAAACUUUUAGAAAUAGUUGUUAUAUCAAGAGACACAUGCGUACCCACACUAACGAACGUCCCUUCAAGUGCGAGGAACUCGGUUGUGGAAAAGCUUUUAAACAACGAAAUCAUCUCUUCCAACACAUUCCCACACACACUGGCAAGCGGCCCUCUGCGAGUGAAGAACCUCCACGUGGACAGGCUUUUGCUGAUCAAAGUACAUUGUAAAAACCAACAUCAGUUUUUAAAUAAAACUUUUUUUGAGGUUCACCCUUGGCGUAGGGCUUAUUUUGCUGGUAAUGUCAUAUACUAUAAAUUAUUAAUACGGGUUUUAGUAAGGGUGACACCCUUUUAUGGUGAUUUAUAUGUUAAAAUUACAUUUAUGUAGAU